AUGAAUAGAUUUGAAUGCAAUUUUGGUGACAACUGUCCGAUUGAUGUCUUGAGGAGAAAAUUCUGCAAAAAAUGUCGACUCAAAAAGUGCUUUGAUAUGGGAAUGAAAAAAGAGUAUAUACUGAACGAUGAGAUGAGAAAAAGGAGACAAAAUAUGAUACAAGAAAAUCGGCUGAAGAGGAAACUGGUGUCGGAAACGGCCAUCAAUAUAGCCGUUGAUUCAACAACUUAUAAAUCGUGUAAAUUUGAUCAUUCAAUCGACGCCUUCGCAAACCAUUGCAAAAGUGGCGAUCAAUUCAAUGACACAAACAACGAUUACGAAGAGAUUUUGGUCACAUAUUCAGUGCCCGAUUAUAUCUAUGAUAAAGCGGUGGAACUGGAGUUCUGGUCAGUGGACCGACCGGUGCCUCAAAACAGUAGUUUCAAUGAUCAGGAAAUGUGUCGCCUAUCGGAACUGUUUGGCGCCAUUAAUCUGAAUCCGAUGACCAAAAUCACGUCCGACUAUCAGAUAGAUAUCGUACAAAACUUCAUGAAGAAGUCCAUCACCGGUCAGGUUAUAUCCAAAUUGUUUGCCGUCUAUUUAGAGCAAAUCGUACAGAAAAAUGUCAAAAUAUCCAAACAUAUCACGGCUUUUGGCACAAUGUGCGAGAGUGACCAGAUUGCGCUCAUUAAAUACGGAUCCAUUGAGAUCUGUUUUCUCAGAUCCAUUUUGUAUUACAAUUUUCAGUGCGAGUACUGGACACUAAUCUUGGACGACGAGAAUUCAGUUUUAUUUAAUUUGGAUUUAUUUCGCGAACACAAGAAAAACACUUAUUAUAAUCACAAAGUGUUUCUGAAAAAGAUGGCCAUUGAUUGGGAUAUGGAUUGUCGUAUCAUUGAUUUGAUGACAGCAAUCUUACUGUUCAAUCCGGACAGACCUAACAUUGUCCACAAAGAGGCGGUUAAAUUUCAACAACACGUUUACAUGCAUUUGCUUAAGAAAUAUCUGCAAAUUAAAUACGGAACUGAAUGCGAGUCGAGGACCAAGUUUUUGAAACUAUUAAACUGUUUGCAAGACUUAUAUCUAAUGAACGAUAAAAUAGCUAAAAAUCUAGUGGACGGCGAUCCCGACCGACGGAUGCCUCUCAUGCAUGAGAUAUGCGACCGAAACUGGUGCUAA